CCCCUGUAUAAGUAGUCUUGAUAUUUUACUGUGAGCUUGGUCAGUGGUGGAUCGCUCCUCAACAUCCCCAGUCUUUCGCGAUAGCAGUAUUGUCAACGGUCACGAACGUUUCAUUCUUUAGGAUGUCUGAUCACCCGAAAGAAGACUUCACUAUCGACCCAGAACUUGACUCAAUAUGGAAGAAGCAUGGAAGACCCAAGUUCUUCUUCCCCAGACGAGAUAAUAUGGCCGAGUCACGUCGGCUUCAUUCGAUGGGCAGCGUCCGUUUUAUGAAGAGCAAGUUUGUCAAGGAGACCCUGGGCAGUGCUUCACCUCGACCAUGGACGGAGGAAGACAGACAACUCCCGGUGCGAGACGGUACAUCCAUCACGAUCCGAAUAUACCGACCCCGACUGCCACGCGGCCCUUCUCCGGUCAUGGUCUUUUCUCAUAGCGGUGGCUGGUGUAUGGGGUCACUCGACACCGAAGAGUUCAUUUGUCAAUUACUAUGCAUCAGACUCAACUUGGUCAUCUUCAGUGUUGGGUAUCGCCUGGCUCCAGAAUACCCGUAUCCAACUGGAUGCUAUGAUGUUUUUGAUACGAUCAAAUGGGUCGCUACCAACGCUGCUAGUUUCGGAGGAGAUUUAUUUCAAGGCUUCAUCACCGGCGGCGUCAGUGGUGGAGGCAAUCACACGGUCGAAGCCACCAUCCUAGCGAGAAAUGAAGGACUCCAGCCCAAACUCACCGGUCAUGUCUACAUUUGCACCGGCAUGCCUCAUGACUACCAGGACCAACAAGGAAGAAAAUGUGCCCUGUAUCCGGAAAAGUUGACGUCGGGAAGCUGGGCCCGCUACAGGAAUGGUCCUGUGGCGAAUUACGAAAUGAACAUGUACUAUGCAGGUUCGUCUACCUUUUCUGUUCUGCUUCUCCUCUUCUCUCCUGGCUGUGUCGAUAUGUGUGUGCUGACUCGACUUAUCUGUGAUGAACCAGAUCUGGCAAAUUGCAAUGCUCACGAUCCGUUAUUCUCUCCCCUAACGCUAUCGGAUUUCUCGGGUCUUGGUCCAAUCUAUUACCAGAUUGCUGGUAUGGACAUGUGGGCAGACAGUGCAUUCUUCUACUGUGACAAAGUACAAAAGGCUGGCGGGACUGUCAAGAUUGAUUUCUAUCCUGGCGUCUUUCAUUGUUGGUAUGCCUUUUACCCUGAACUGACAAUGACCAAGAAAUGGGCUCGAGAUCUGAUUAACGGUGUCGAGUGGCUUCUGAGGAAGAAGGGAGACGAGAAGGUCUUGUCACGAAUAUGA